AUCAAUGGCGGCUGAACCUAAAUGAAGUUAUUGAUCAAACAGGCGAGUUCUGAGAUACUCCGUCAAAACAAAGUCAAUCAAUGACUUCUUUAAAAAUCUGAACUGACAAGAUGACUCAGUUUGGAGCAUGGCCCAACAACUCAACAGGGACCUCCAAAGACGGAUCCGUUACAACCGACCACUGUUGGGUUGGCAAACCCUUUUUUACUCCUAUAAUUUACUUCUAACGUCACAGGGUGGGGCCUUCGCCUGAAAGGAUGACGGGUAUUAUUUUUUUUCUCACCAGCUGACUAGUAGAACAAACAAGGAUGACUUUUGACAUUAAGAUAAGCCAAGUUCGCAACCACUUUGUAAUAAUCCAAUAUGUCUGGAAGUCCUAACAUGGGAUGGAUGAGAAGGGCGAGUGUGGAAAUGAAUCCCCAUUGUCCGCCAAAACAAUGCUUCCUGUCACGUUGAAGCCUCCGAGAUUUGUGAUUGGUCAAAUGUUCGGGUGACGUCACUCCCCCCGCUGCGGAUUCGACACCAUGGUCUUGAAAUGACCUUCGUGAUGUAAAUAUUAGCUUGGCAAAAGAUGCAAUAGAGGUAUAUUUGCAUCACAAAUAUUCCUUGUAGCUCAGCGGAGAUUGGAUGCCGAUUAGUAAAUCUGGAAGCUUGAGAAAACGAUCUUCAUUAUUUUAUCAGCUGUCGUCAACAGCAGGUCAAACUUUGAAGGAUAAAAAUCAAGUUUUUACUUCUUGAUCCAGCCACCAACAAGAUGAAACUGUCCCUUGUCUGGUGUUUGAUGGCGGUCCUAGUGGCUGUUGUAGCAGGGCAAAAUGGUCAGAGACAGUAUCAACCUUACUGGCAGCAAUACUAUCAGCAGUAUCCACGGCAACAGCAACAUCCACCAAACUACGAUCCCAGGUAUAACCAGCAACCAUGGUAUCCAAACACACAAGGAACAUGGGCAAUGGACCCAGAGGAACAACGCGAGCAACAAGAGAAUAUGAUGGAAAACCAACGAGAGCGACAAGAGAAUAUGAUGGAAAAUCGACGGGAGAUGCAGGAAAACAUGAUGGAGCGACAGGAAAAUGCCUAUGAGAACGGCCAGCGGUGGCCUCAGGGACCCAGGCAACAACAACCUUGGGGACAACAACCAAGACAGCAACAACCUUGGCAGCAACAGCCAUGGCAGCGACAACAAUGGCAACAAGGGCAGGGGCAGCGGCAGCCAUAUUAUAACCAACAGCGAGAAGGCUGGGGCCAGCCGUACAACCAGCAGCCAUGGGGACAACCCUAUAGAGCCCAACCCCAGAGACAGCCAGCUUGGUGGAACCAACAUGUAUGGCCUCAACAGGGUUACCUGCCCCAAAGACAGACUGGGUUGGCUCCUAACGACCCAGAGGCACAAGAAAACAUGAUGGAAGAACAGCAGGAAAUGCAGGAAAACGCCAUGGAAGCACAAGAAGAGCAGCAGGAAAACGCCAUGGAAUUGGCAGAAGAAAGACAAGAGCAAGCGCGCGAACUCCAGGAGAACGCGCGGGAAAAUGGAGCUCCAGUGAACUGGAACCGCAAUCGCCGCGGGCGGCAACCAAUCUCCCAGCAACGUCGACCAGCUCAGCGAUUCAAUCCAUGAGAUUAAUAGAGGAGAUAAAUCAAAUUCUGAAAUAAUGUAGAAAUUAUACCCCUUUCUGUUUUUGUUUUGUCUUAUUUUUCUCUUCUUUCCUUUUCGUAUAUCCCUGAAAAUGUGUAUUUUAUUCAAGAAGGAAACUACAAGUGAAUCUAAAAAUCGUAAAACACAGUUUGGGGUAUAGCUGAAGUGUGAUUGAUACACUAAUUAUCAUCCCGUGAAAUUCAUUUGUCAAAAAUCCCUUUCUGAAUUUACCAAAAAUCCAAAUAUGAUUAUCAACUGAAUAUUUCCGAGAUGGGGGUGACAUAUAUUUUCUCUGAUAUUUUCAAUAAAAACACCAACUGAAAAAUUAGU